CACUCGAUGCGAGGUAUUUCAAUGAGUGUCUAAAAUUUCUUUGUUCUUUGUAAUUCUGUUUUAUCUCCAAAGAAUUUUUGAACAUUUUGUAACCUUGAGAUGAAUAAUAAAUUAUUUUAACAUAUAAAAUGAAAUAGUUAUUGAAAUAGUGUUAAAGAAAACAAUAAUUUUAACAUUAUGUGGAAUUCAGAGUUUAAUGACGUUGAUGAAGGAAUACAUGUUAGAAGUUAUGCAGAAUUAUUAGAACAAAAACAAGAUGAGGAGAGUAUUGAAACUGCAUCUACAGUUGAACAGAUCAGUACAGAAAAAAAUGUACUUGAAAUUUAUGAAUUAAACAAAGAUCCAAUCUUAACCAAACAAAAACAUGUGGCACUAUUAAAGAAAUCAUUGAUUCAUCUUAGCGAACCUUAUGAGGGUUUAGAUUGUAGCAGGCCAUGGUUAUGUUAUUGGAUACUUCAUUCACUUCAUAUAUUAGGAGAAUCUUUAGAAAAUGAAGAAUAUUCAAAGAUUGCUGGUUUCUUAGCCAAAUGCCAAUCUGAAAAAGGAGGUUUUGGUGGAGGUCCAGGGCAGCAUCCUCAUCUAGCACCAACAUAUGCUGCUGUUAAUGCUUUAUGCAUUAUAGGAACUACAGAAUCAUAUGCGGUAAUAAACAGAAAAGGCCUGUACAAUUUCCUAUUAUCCUUGCGAGGAGAGGACGGUGCUUUUGGCAUGCACGUGGACGGAGAGGUUGACAUAAGAGGAGUGUAUUGUGCCGUUUCCGUAGCCAGACUUACAAAUAUAUAUACUCCCGUAUUAUUCAAAGGAACAGACGAAUGGAUUGCAAAAUGUCAAACAUGGGAAGGUGGAUUUGGAGGUUGCCCAGGUAUGGAAGCACAUGGUGGAUAUGCAUACUGUGGCUUGGCAGCCCUUGUACUUCUUGGGAAAGCUAACGUUUGUAAUAUGCCAUCGUUAUUGAGAUGGAUAGUAAAUCGUCAGAUGCGUUUGGAAGGAGGUUUCCAAGGACGUACUAACAAAUUAGUAGAUGGGUGCUAUUCCUUUUGGCAAGGUGGUGCUUUUCCAUUGAUCCAUGCGAUCUUAUCAAAAGAAGGAAAAGUAUUCAAUACUAAUUAUUGGUUAUUUAAUCAAGAGGCCUUACAAGAGUAUAUAUUAAUUUGUUGUCAGCAUUCUUCUGGUGGACUCGUGGACAAACCUGGAAAAAAUCGCGACAUAUAUCACACCUGUUAUGCGCUAAGUGGUUUGUCAAUCGCACAAAAUUCGCCGCGUCGAUUAAUAAUCGGACCGCCAAGUUUAAACACAGUAGAGAUUAUUCAUCCUGUGUAUAAUUUGGUGUUGUCUGCCGCGGCAGAUGCCCUAAAAUAUUUCAAUGAACUACCGAUACCUGAUUGAUUGUGUAUUUAAUAAAUAAAUUUCUAUUCCUUUCCCAGAAA